AUGUACAACGGAAAAGUUUUAAUAGGCAAUUGGAAUGAGGAUCGAGAACUUGAAAAGGUGAAGAUAGCAGACUAUGUGAAGAAACGAGAUAACAAUGAAUUAGUUAUACAAAAAAUACGAACAUUAUUUCACAACAUGUGUCGAGAAAUUGAUCUUUACAAAACUGAAAAUUACAUUGAAUUUGGAAAUCGAAUUCAAAUUUAUGCGCCCGAUGUGCGGAAUAUUGGAGAAAAUAAUGGGGAAACUGAAAAAUUUGGUGUUAUUAUUUCCGUAACAAUUCCACGAAAUGCAAUUGGAAAAAUUGAAAGAUUCACAGAUCAAAUGCCUAUUGUUUGUGCAGCUAUAAGUGAACCGUGUACUCGAAAUACAUUUACGAUACUUGCAUCCGAUUGGAAUAAACGAGACGGGGAGAAACUUUUAUUUGGCCAAACUUUCAUUUUGAAGGCAAGCGAAUAAAGUGGA